GUAAAAACGGAGCAAAUGGCUGUUCGCGACGUCACAGCCACCCAAGGAAUGACUUUUUGGUUGGAAACCAUAAACACGUGAUGCAUGGCGCAGUCGAGCACGCCAUGGAGCAAAAGUUCGGGUGCCAUCAUCGCAAGCCAUUUCCACAUAGCCCCUUCACUCCCUUGUCACACUCACACCAGCCAUGGCCCGCAACCAGGAAAAGGCGCAGUCGAUGCUCUACCGCUUCCGCGAAGCGCAGUCCAUCGAGCUGGGCAUCCACAAGCCCAAGGAGCGGCGGCCACAUCUCGCCUCGCUUGCCAACACGCUUGACGAGGCCGAGAAAUGGCGGCGCGACGUGAUCCGCGAGAUCUCGCGCGACGUCUCCCGCAUCCACGACUCGUCUCUCCCCGAAUCGCAGAUACGCGACCUCAACGACGGGAUCAACAAACUGCUGCGCGCCAAAAUCCACUGGGAGAACCGCGUCAUGGAGCUGGGUGGCCCAGACUACAGAAAGAUUGGCCCAAAGAUGAUCGACCACCAGGGGCGGGAGGUGCCUGGAAACCGUGGAUACAAGUACUUUGGACGGGCAAAGGAGCUGCCUGGUGUGCGGGAGCUGUUUGAGCAACAACAGGACUCAGGCAAGGCCAGGCGGAAUCAGAGGGGCGACCUGAUGAAGCGGGUCGAUGCGAGGUACUUUGGAUACAGAGACGAAGAUGACGAUGGAGAACUGCUGGCGCACGAGGCCAAGGUCAAAGAGCAGUGGAUCGAGAAGCUGCGCGGCGCGCACGACGCCUCAUUAGUCAGCGACAGUGACGACAGUGACGAGUAGAUGAUGGGUGUUGAAUAUAUGGAU